AGUAUCGGUUCUCCGACCUUCCUCCGCCAUCGGCUGUAGGGACGGGCGCUGGGCCAGUGACGUCACUUCCGGCAGUGUCGCAUAGCGGAGCUCAGUGUGUAGCAGCUGACGAGCAGGCACCAUGGCAGCGCGGGAAAAUGUCAGCUUGGUGUUCAAGCUCUACUGUCUGAUGGUGAUGACCCUGGUGGCUGCUGCAUAUAUUGUGGCCUUGCGAUACACAAGAACAGUGACCACAGAGAUGUACUUCUCUACUACAGCAGUUUGCUCAGCCGAGGUGAUAAAAUUACUAGCCAGUUUACUCAUCUUGGCAAAAGAAACGGGAAGUCUGAGCAGGCUGAUUUCCUCUUUAAAAGAGAACGUAUUGGGAAGUCCUAAGGAGAUGCUCAAGCUGUCUGUUCCCUCUCUGGUAUAUGCACUGCAAAACAACAUGGCUUUUUUGGCACUGAGUAAUCUCGAUGCAGCUGUUUACCAGGUGACAUACCAGCUAAAAAUACCAUGUACUGCUUUAUGUACUGUACUCAUGCUGAAUCGCUCGCUCAGCAAACUCCAGUGGUUCUCGGUCUUCAUUUUAUGUGGCGGGGUCACACUUGUUCAGUAUAACCCGGGUGAGACCACACGGGUUCAGAUUGAACAAAAUCAUUGGCUGGGACUGGGUGCUGUGGCAGUGGCUGUGCUGUGCUCUGGAUUUGCUGGAGUGUACUUUGAGAAGGUGUUGAAGAGUUCUGACACCUCCCUGUGGGUGAGGAACAUCCAGAUGUACAUCUCUGGCAUCAUCGUGACAUUAGCCGGUGUCUUUCUUAAUGAUGGAAGCAAUGUCAUGGAAAAAGGAUUUUUCUAUGGCUACAGUUACAUGGUCUGGUUUGUAAUCUUGCUGUCCAGUGUUGGUGGUCUCUACACGUCGGUUGUAGUGAAAUACACUGACAAUAUCAUGAAAGGCUUCUCAGCAGCUGCAGCCAUUGUCAUCUCAACCAUUGCAUCGGUCCUGCUCUUUGGACUGCAGAUAUCAUUAACAUUCGCUGUUGGAACGCUGCUUGUUUGCAUAUCUAUAUAUACAUAUGGGCUACCCCGAAAAGACACAACAAAGCUUGAAAUAAAGGACACCAGCAACCUUAAUGCAAAGCUUAUCGGUGUUUGAUAGUCUAUGGCUGGAUGAACUCUUGUGCAGAUGUAAAUGUACGAUGUAGUUAUUGUAUUAAUUACUUCUGAUGCUUCGAUCCAAAAGGUCCACAGUGACCACUGCAGUAGUCGGUACUGCACAACUUUGGAAAGCACAUGUACAAAUGAAUGUGACUUAUGCAGCGUAAUUUUAUGAGAUUCAAUCAGUAGUUGUUUUAAUUCUAAUGUGGACAUGUAUAUAGUUUAUAAUGAGGAUUGACAAGAGUCAGAAUGGACGUUUUUAUUAUUAUUUUUUGCCUCAACACUCUUGUGGAGACAAUGGACGCACUGGAGAAGCCCUAAAGAGGGCACAUGAUGGAACUAUGCAUAGUGAUGAUCUCCAUUGCAACAAUAAUCAGAAUACUUCAAUUUCCUGUCCAAAGACUACAACGUUUUUUGUUAUAUCAUGAAUUUGCACUUUUACUUUCCUUAAAAUUUUUGACAUGGUGACUUUUUUUAAAUAAAAAAAUGAAAGAAAAUUAGUUGGGAUUAAUACAGAGAAAGUGAUGUUGACACCAAGUUUACUCUUUCAUGCCAAGUUUUCUAA